AUGGUGAGCAGUCUCUCCCCUCCUGCAGCCGUGGAGCUCUGCUUUGAGAACGUGAAUGGAUCCUGUGUCAAAACUCCCUACUCGCCAGGCCCCCGCAUGAUUCUCUAUGCAGUGUUUGGCUUUGGAGCUGUGCUGACUGUAUUCGGUAACCUCUUGGUGGUGAUUUCAAUCCUUCAUUUCCAGCAGCGGCACACACCUACAAACUUUCUGAUCGCGUCCCUGGCCUGCACGGACUUCUUGGUGGGAGUGGCCGUCAUGCCCUUCCGCGCAGUGAGGUCUGUGGAGAGCGGCUGGUACUUCGGACAGAGUUACUGUAAAUUUCAUACAUGUUUCGAUACUUCCUUCUGUUUUGCUUCUUUAUUUCAUUUGUGCUGUAUCUCUAUUGAUGGAUACAUUGCUGUUACUGAUCCUCUGACCUAUCCCACCAAGUUUACUGUCUCGAUGUCAGGCAUCUGCACUGUUCUCUCUUGGUUCUUUUCUGUCACGUAUAGUUUUUGCAUCUUUUACACUGGGGCCAAUGAGGAAGGAAUCGAGGACUUAGUAGUUGCUCUCACCUGUGUAGGAGGCUGUCUGGCGCCACUGAAUCAAAACUGGGUUCUACUCUGUUUCCUUCUAUUCUUUAUACCCACUGUCGCCAUGGUGUUUAUAUACGGUAAGAUCUUUUUGGUAGCCAGACAUCAGGCUAGGGAGAUAGAAAGUUCAGCCAGCCAAGCUCGGUCCUCUUCAGAGAGUUACCGGGAACGCGUGGCAAAGAGAGAGAGAAAAGCUGCGAAAACACUGGGUAUCGCUAUGGCGGCAUUCCUUGUCUCUUGGCUGCCAUACAUUAUUGAUGCUGCGAUUGAUGCUUACAUGAAUUUUAUAACUCCUCCUUGUUUAGUGUGGUGUGUUUAUUAUAAUUCAGCUACGAAUCCCUUGAUAUAUGCUUUCUUUUACCCAUGGUUUCGGAAGGCAAUAAAACUUACCUUAAGUGGUAAAGUCUUAAGGAGGGAUUCAUCAACAAUUAAUUUGUUUUCGGAGGAAGCAGAUAUAGAUUGA